UUAGCCUACUGAAACACCCUGCUCAAACAGAGGGAUGCUGUGUUAGCUAGCUGGCUAUGACUUUCCAACACAACACUGGAACUCUUCCAACUCAAGAAAGAGCAUCUGUAUCUGAGCAGAAGGAUGGAGAGUUUGGGAUUGCAGGCUGUUGCCCUCAGUGAUGGCUCCACAGCCUACAUUGAACAAGCCAUCAAAGAUGGCAACCUAGUGGAAGGCGAUACUAUUCAGUUGGAGGAUGGUACUACAGCCUACAUUCAGCAGGUCACUGUACAGCAGAAAGAGCCCCUGCCCUUUGAGGACGGCCAGGCAGUGCAGCUGGAGGACGGGACCACGGCAUACAUCCACCACACACCCAAAGACGGGUAUGAUCCCAGUGCGGUGGAGGCGGUGCAGCUGGAGGAUGGCAGCACGGCGUACAUCCACCACCCCUCGGGCCUGCAGACUGGCAGCACCAUCCUGACUUUGCAGCCAGGGGGUGGCCUGGAGGAGCUAGCUGCAGACGACACUGUGGACACAGACACCAUCACCACCCUGGAGAACUACGCCAAGAUGACGGGGUCUGAGGUGGAGGUGGAUGAGACCAUGAGCAGCACCAAUGGACUCCAGGACAUAGAGCCUAUUGUACAGGUGAUGGGGUCGUGGGGUUCCCCUAAGGGUCAGCAGACGGCUGAGAAGACAUUCCGCUGUGACUACGAGGGCUGUGGACGUCUCUACACCACAGCACACCACCUCAAGGUACAUGAGAGGGCUCACACAGGUGUCCGGCCAUACAGGUGUGAUGUGUUGACGUGUGGAAAGGCGUUCGCUACAGGUUACGGCCUGAAGAGUCACCUACGGACACACACUGGAGAGAAACCGUACAAGUGUCCUGAAGACAUGUGCUUCAAGGCCUUCAAAACCUCCGGAGACCUCCAGAAGCAUGUCCGCACACACACAGGUGAGAAGCCGUUUAAGUGUCCGUUUGAGGGUUGUGGUCGUUCCUUCACCACCUCUAACAUCAGGAAAGUCCACAUCAGAACACACACAGGAGAGCGCCCCUACAUGUGCCCUGAACCAUCCUGUGGACGAGGCUUUGCCAGUGCCACCAACUACAAGAACCACAUGAGAAUACACACAGGGGAGAAGCCCUACCUGUGUACAGUCCCUGGUUGUGGGAAGCGAUUUACAGAGUACUCCAGCCUGUACAAGCACCAUGUGGUUCACACCCACUGCAAACCUUACACCUGCAACCACUGUGGCAAAACCUACAGACAGACCUCCACGCUGGCCAUGCACAAACGCACCACGCACGGAGACUUUGAGGCCACAGAGGACGGGGAAGAAGCGGUGGAUGACCAAUCACAGGCCUCCUUUCUGGAGGGGGCGGAGCAGAAAGAGGAUGGGUCGGAUUCCCAGGUUAUCAUUGGUUCUCAGGUGGGUCUGUCGACAGAGGACCUACAGGCACUCAGCACGGCCAUCACCAUGGUAACGCAGGACGGCACAACCAUUUCCCUGCCGACCCACCAGACGGACAUGGCCGCCAUGGGACACCACCACAUCACCAUGGUUACAGGGGAGGGCAAGGAGCUGCAGCCGGUUGCCAUAGUGACAUCGGAGGGUAUUAUGACAGGCAGCUUGCAGGGCUCCGGCCCUCACUACCAGCAGGUUGCACUGCUGGCCACGGCUAACGGCACCCAGAUUGCUGUUCAGCUGGAGGAGCAGCAGACGUUGGAGGAGGCCAUCAGCAUGGCGACAGCUGCCAUCCAGCAGGGAGGGCUGGUUCAGGAUGAGGACACAUGAGAGGGGAGCUGCUGAGACACACCUACCCCCCCAAACAGAGCAUCUUUCCCUGGGUACGACACGGGUACCUGCUCCCCUUAGCGCCGACCAGCUCCACAGCACUCCUGGAGCCCUGUCUCCUGCCACAGACACAAAGUGAGCAGAACUCCUAUCUCGGAACUCAGAACCAAUCAGAGAGAGACUCCGAGAAGCCGUUGUCAUGGAGACUGGCUUUAGAAUGUUCAGAUGUGAGCAUGAGCAGAUUGAUCUUUCUUUGUUUGUUUUAGCCACAAUACAGUAGCAUACUCAUCCUGCUGCUUCUGAGAAGCAGCACCUGCGCUAAAGCUAGCUCCAGUUUGAUUUUACCUCUAGUCUUCAUAAUCAUGAUACAAUAAUGGAUAAAAGCGUCUGCUUAAUGGCAUAUCAUGAUACAAUAAUGGAUAAAAGUGUCUGCUAAUGGCAUAUGAUACAAUAAUGGAUAAAAGUGUCUGCUAAUGGCAUAUGAUACGAUAAUGGAUAAAAGCGCCUGCAAAAUGGCAUAUCAUGACACGAUAAUGGAUAAAAGCGUCUGCUAAAUGGCAUAUCGUGAUACAAGAACGGAUAAAAGUGUCUGCUAAAUGGCAUAUCGUGAUACAAGAACGGAUAAAAGUGUCUGCUAAAUGGCAUAUCGUGAUACAAGAACGGAUAAAAGCGUCUGCUAAAUGGCAUAUCGUGAUACAAGAACUGAUAAAAGCGUCUGCUAAAUGGCAUAUCGUGAUACAAGAACGGAUAAAAGCGUCUGCUAAAUGGCAUAUCGUGAUACAAGAACGGAUAAAAGCGUCUGCUAAAUGGCAUAUCGUGAUACAAGAACGGAUAAAAGCGUCUGCUAAAUGGCAUAUCGUGAUACAAGAACGUCUGUUUUGGUUUUGUAUUUCUCUGACUGCAGUGAGUUUUCCAGUACUGUGUACUUCUGCGUCUACUCUGAAGUUUUGGUUUGGAGAGUGCUCUUAAACAGAUGGAUUCUUUCAACUGAAACACUUGUGAAACGGUUCACAGAGGUAGACUGUCCGUCUGAGGAGCUAAAAGUUGGCCUUGUCUACGUCAUUGAAGAAAUGAACUGCAAAACUACAGAACCCAAUAUCAGCGGUAUCAAGCUGCGUCGUGUAUCUGGAUCUAUGCUGAUGUUGCCGAGGUGUACAUUUGUCAAUAAAUAGCUUUACCUUU